AUGGAGUUCCCGGUCAUAACCUCCGAAAAUUUUGCACCUUCUCUAUAUAUAGUUAGAGUUGGAGAAUACGAUGAGACUUUAAUUGAUAAAUACGAAGACGAUUUUGAAAUCAAAUAUGUUAAAAUUCAUGAAAACUUCGAAUCCGGUGGUUAUUUAGAUAACGAUAUUGCGAUGGUCAGAAUCAAAGAAAAAAUUGGCCACGGAAUCACAUUUAGCCCCUACGUAAGACCCAUUUGUUUGCCUAGUUUAAAUGCAUCUUACGCUGCAGGUACGGUGUGUACCAUAUCCGGCUGGGGUAAAAAUGAAUUUACACGUGUUUCGCCCAUUUUGAUGGGUGCCGAAGUACCGAUUAUACCGACGUGGAAAUGUAAAAGUGAGAUGAUUUAUGGUUCAAAGAUAAAAGAAGGAAUGUUCUGUGCCGGUCAUUUGGGAGGCGGAAUGGAUGCCUGUAAAGGUGAUAGUGGAGGUCCCAUGGCUUGUAAUGAAAAUGGGAGAUAUUUUUUAUACGGGAUCAUUAGUUGGGGAUUUGACUGCGCUCAGCCUAAUAGACCCGGAGUUUAUGUAAAAGUUAGCCAUUAUUUAGAUUGGAUCUACAGAAUAUUGGACAGUGAUUAUUAAAUCGUAGAAAUAUUUUCUCUGAUAAUAAUUUAUUGAAUACUUUUGUAUGCUACUUUAAAUUCGUUUUUCGAUUUAUAAUACAAAUUUACAUUAAUCUUGAAUCGUUAACUAUAAUAUACUUUUUUGUUUAAUAAGUAAUUAUAUAAUAGUUAACAAUAUUAUUAAUUUUUAAAAUAUUUAUACAUUUUUAAUUAAUUAAGUUAGUGCAUAUUCGAACACGCAACUGGACACAAAAAACUGUGUAAUGGGAAUUUUGAGUUGUGCGAUGAGAAUCCCAAAUCUGUGCAGUAAUUUAUUGUCCGAUUCAGGAUUUCAUAAGUAUUUCUUUAUUCUGGUUAUAUUAAAGUUUAAAUAUUUACCUAAAUUACAGUGUGUACAGUAUAUUAUUCGGCCUACAAAAAAAGAGCGACCGAAGGAAUGUUUGAUAGGAUUUAUCAUUUGAAUCGAAUAUAUACAAUGGAUACUUUUUAUGCAGCCGCAAUAUCAAUAUUAUCAUUUUAAAUUAACACUAGGAUUUAUCGGCUUGGCCAAAACA